AUGCUUCGUAACGCAUUUGCAUCGCGGAAUCAAUUAAACAUGUAUAAUACAGAUCAACCAAUAGCAACUGAUGAUAGCCAUUGCUUGCUCUAUUAUGUACCCGAAGAUCUUGUUUCUUACGCAGAGGCACCAGUACUCAGUCAUCAAAUCAUUCCGUAUUGUCUUCGCUCUUCUAUUCAUAUUAAUACUUCUAGUCAAAGCAAACAUCAUCGCCAUUUUACCUUUGGUGAUUUACGUAAACAAAAUGUUUCUAGUGAACAACUAUAUACAUGGUUAGCGCCUAUUGAUCUCAUAGAAACUUAUCAGCAAUAUUUGAACAAUGAAACAAAUGCGUCGGAUAUAUUAUUCUUCAAUUGUUCAUGGCCUUGGCUUGGGCCCAUUUGCCAGUUUACGUUCGAUCCAAAGAGUUUAUAUUAUUCAUUGGAUGACAUUAUGCGAGAUGAUUUCCAAGUAAAGCGAGAACUUGCUCAGAACAAAUCAUUUACUUGCUACACACAUUUGAACUGCAGCCGACCAGCAUGGUCACCAUGUCUCGAUUGGCGCGAGAUUUGUGAUGGAAAGAUUGAUUGCUUGGAUAGUAGUGAGGAUGAAGCAAAUUGUAUUGAGUUAGAAUUGAACGAGUGCGAUCAUAUGAACCAAUAUCGGUGCCAUAAUGGUGCGUGUAUUCCUGCAGAUUUUGUUCAUGAUGACAUGUUGAAUCCAGAUUGUAUUGAUGGCACAGAUGAGCCCGUUUCAUUGAAUUAUCCUCAUUUUUGCUACUCAGAUCCAACCAUUCGCUGCGAGGAGCGCUCAUGUCGGCCAGGCUCCUCAGAACACAUUUGUGGCGACGGAUAUUGUGUGAAAGAAGCGAUGGCAUGCAAGAAUGCUCACGGUGAUCUUAUGACUAAGAUAGUUUUGUCGAACGAUUUACAGUUUGAGACAUGUUGGAGUGCCAUGUUCAAGCUUCUCUCGAUGGAUACAUCAUGGUAUGACAUUAACACUGAUCUAUAUGGCGAUAAUGACGUAUCAAUUGAAGAUAUCUGUCCAUCACUUUUCGAGUUUCCACCUAAUAUGCCUGUUAUUUUUGGACACGUACGUUUUCUCUUUGAAAAUAAGCAACCAGUGAGUGAAAUUCCAUUGCCAGCAUAUAUUUGCUACAACGCACAAUUAUGUGAUUUUCUACCAACAUCCUUUACCAUCAAUGGUUCGACGUGCAUUUCUUUUUCACAAUUAGAUGUAAAUGAAACUGAAGUCGACGAGUUUCGCACUCUGGUCGAUUUGAUUCAAAGCGUGAAAGAGAUAUUUCGUGGAUGUUCGAACAACAAUAUAACAUUUCACUCCAGCUUGUAUCAAUGUGAGAACUCGUCGAAGUUUAUUUCUUAUCAUCGACUUGUUGACGGUAUUCAUGACUGUCCAUAUAAUGAUGACGAGCAAUUCGCUGGUAGUUGUUCACUCGAUGACCGUUAUCGAUUCAAAUGUCAAGACGAAGAGAGAUGUGUUACGACUUCUCUCGUUCGAGAUCGCACGCCUAAUUGUAAUCACGGCAAUGAUGAGUACGAUCCAUUCAUACAAAGCGUGGAAAAACACAUUCUUUUCCAAACAAUAUGCGAUGGUAUUCAAGAGUUGACGCCCAUUGAAAUCGAUGGUCGAAAUGAAACGGAUGAAACAGAAUGCGAAGAAUGGCCAUGCAAUAAUACAAAUACACGUUGUGAUGGCUUUUGGACAUGUGCAGACGGCGCAGAUGAAGUGAAUUGUUAUCCAUCACCAUGCCCACCACUUCACCACAUGUGUGUGUCACCAUUGACUUUUAAACUUGGCUGUUUGCCAAUAGAUAAAGUCAAUAAUUUCCAUGUCGAUUGUGUGGGUGGAAGUGACGAACGGCAUAUAUGUCGCUCAAUGAAACCACAUUCGAAAACCGAUCGAUUCUAUUGCAUGAAUGAUACAAAAUGUUUGCCCAAAGGCUAUCUUUGUGACACAAUGGAAGAUUGUAUUCGUGGGGAUGAUGAGAAAUUCUGCACUAAUUUUGGAGGCUGGCGCGAACGGAUUUGUAACAGGGAAUAUAUGGUCGGUAGGACUGAAGAGGAAAAUUUUCUCUGCGGUCUAGACGACAGUAAAAAGCCAUCGAUUAGUUAUUUGUCUCUAUUAAACUCUGUUCCGUAUCCUUCUAGUACAUCUAAUAGUGCUCAUAAAUCGCGAAGUAAACGGAUUGCCUCGUCAUAUCCUGAGAACCGACAGCAGCUACCGUUUGAAGAAAAUAAAGAAUGGCGAUGCAAUCGAGGACUUCAAGUUCGAACAUCAACUGAAAACAAGUAUGUAUGCUUAUGUCCUCCAAGUUACUAUGGUGAUAGAUGCGAAUAUCAAAAUCAACGCGUUAGUCUCACUCUUCAAAUACGCACCGUAUCCAGCUGGCGUACUGUCUUCAGUUUUGUUGUUACAUUAAUUGACAAUGACCAAGAAGAUAUUAAUUCACAUGACCACCUUGAAUAUCUACCAAUUCGAGAUUGUAGUGUGAAAUUUCAUAUAUACCUUCUCUAUGCCACACGACCGCGAAACAGUUCAAAAAACUAUUCUGUACGUAUAGAUGGCUUUACAAAGAAUCCACUUCAAUAUCAUGCUACUUGGAAAUUACUUAUUCCUUUUCAAUUCUUGCCUGUGCAUCGCCUUGCAGCGCAGUUACUUAUUCCUAUAGAAAAAGUUGAAGCAGUCAGCGUAUGUCCAAUAUCAUGUUUGCAUGGGUCAUGUAUAAAAUAUAUAAAUACAGAUGGGUUUUUCUGUCGUUGCAACGACGGUUGGUCAGGUGCACAAUGCUCAAAAGAACAGCUAUAUAACAAUUGUGCGCCUGGGGCUAUAUCCGAACGUUCAAUUUGUGUAUGUCCUUUAGGAAAGGUCGGUCCUCGAUGCUAUCUAACUGACACUGCAUGUGACUCGAAUCCAUGCGCAAAUGAUGGGUAUUGUGUAUCUACCGAUUUACGUCUGGCUACACGGAAUACGUUUACUUGCGUUUGUCUCGAAGGUUAUUAUGGAGAUAGAUGCGAACAUACAGCUGGUCAAAUUAUUAUUGCGUUUCAAGACCUAGCCGUACCAGCUAAUAUAUUUCUUCAUUUGAUCACAGUUCAUGUCAAAGCUAACUACAGUCGAUUCAGUAUGCUCAAAAAAAUUCCCUUUGAACAAGAAAUAGUCACAUUUCAUACGAAUCAGCCCUUUCACAUAGGUUUUGUUCAGUACAACGAAAAUUAUUACAUAGCAAUUGUUCAAGAAAUCUACAACUCGUCAGUUCCUCUUUCUACUACCAUUGCUCCAUCACAACGUUGUAUUCCUAUCGAGGAAUUAUUUAAUAAAUCCUUCGUACAAACCCAUUUAUUGCGCCGCAUCAAGUCUUAUCACGUGCCAUGUAAAACGAAAUCUGGCGUCGCCUGUUUUUUUGAUGAUAUUCAUAUGUGCCUUUGUAAUGGUAUGGAACAGGCCAAUUGCUUUGAAUUCAAUCACAAUACAGUGUAUGAUUGUCGCGGUUAUAAUUAUUGUGAAAAUGGUGGCCACUGCUUUCAAGAUAAUAUCACUUGUCCAACAUCUUCAGUAUGCGUAUGUGAAGAUUGUUUUUAUGGGAGUCGUUGUCAAUUUUCUACUCGAGGCUUUGAUCUAUCGCUCGACGCCAUUCUUGGCUAUCAAAUACGUCCCAAAAUAGCCAUUAUUAAUCAAUCUAAUGCUGUUAAAUUCAGUAUUGCUGUUUCUAUUGGCAUGUUUGCCAUUGGGAUUAUAAACGGUUUCCUUUCAUUGUUAACUUUUCGCGGAGAAAAGCCACAAGAAGUGGGUUGCGGUAUCUACCUUUUUUAUGCAUCAAUUACAUCUAUAUGCGCUGUAUGUGUCUUGAUGAUAAAGAUUUGGCUACUUUUACUGUCUCAAAUGGGUGCAAUGAUGAAUCCAACAUUUCUAAUGAUUCAAUGUAUUUCGGUUGACUUUAUUGUUAGAAACGCUCUAUAUAUUGGAGACUGGUUAAACGCAAGUGUGGCUGUUGAACGCGCUAUAAGUGUUCUGAAAAAUACAACUUAUGACAAGAGAAAAAGCCGGCAAAUGUCUAAAUGGAUUAUCCUAUUGAUCACAAUAUUCACCUCGAGUACAACUAUUCAUGAUCCAAUUCAUCGUAAACUGAUCCACGAUAAGGAGGAGGAACGUACUUGGUGUAUCGUUCGUUAUUCUCCAUCUUUUCAAGCAUACAAUUUAACUACGAUUACAUUUCAUUUUUUUGCUCCUUUCGCGCUUAACAUCGUCUCAGCGCUUAUCAUAAUCAUUGUGACAACACGUCAGCGCGCAUCGGCUCAGCGCGAACACACAUAUAAGCAGCAUUUAAGCAAGCAGCUAAAUCAACAUAAAAAUCUAGUCUAUAGUCCAAGUAUUCUUAUUGUUUUGGCUCUACCACGUAUCAUUACCUCGUUUGUACCUAGUUGUAUGAAUUCCGCUCGAGAUCCUUGGAUAUUUCUAAAUGGCUACUUCAUAUCAUUCAUACCACCAACGCUCAUUUUUGCUGUAUUCGUACUACCGUCAAAUUUAUAUAAAGCAGAAUUUAAUAAUGCAAUAGCAAAAAUAUGGAAACAAUUGUGGAUCUUAACAAGAGUAAACGAUGUUCGAUGCAAUAUUACUAGUUAA